AUCACAGUACAUCCAUGAUUCCCCUAAAGGAUAAAGACAAGCCAAUUAUACGAAAGUUGUUGGAUGCCGGUUGCUGUGCCCGCUGCAUUCUCCGAUUUUGCUGUGUGGCAGUACAGUCGGCUUAUCGUCUUUCCUACGAGGAUAUCUGUAGAGAGCUCUCCGCUUUCGUCCGUGAUUCUGAAAAAGAGCAGACCCACGAUGUCACAAUUCAGACUCAAAAGGACGACCCUCCGCAGAAGAAACUGAAGCUGGAAAACUCACAGGCGGGAGAACAUGACACCUCAGCAGCUGCCACGGUAACAGCGGAAUGCGGGAGGGACACGGCAGGGGCGAGCGUGUGUGUGGUGUGCUUAGGAGUGCUACAGGACUUCUGCAACCACGGCUUUGCCAAAAAGGUUGCAGAGGCAGUGAAGGCAGAGAACUAUGAGAUUGAAAGUCUGGUUCUCUCCGUCUCUCUUCCAGCCCAGUUAUCUGUCAGAGAGCAUUCCUGCUGGCUACACAUCAAAAAGGAAGUCAGGGAGAAGAGCAUGUGCCUGGGGAAGGAUGAUGUCAUCCAGGUGAAAGAGGCUUUUAAGUGGACCCUACAGACCAUGGUGUCCAAAGAGCUGAGAGUGCCUGUACUGGCUAAUAGCCCGUUUGAGGUUGCUGUUGGUUUCACACAUGCUGAAACAGAUGCGGACUGCCAUUUUCUGGCUACUACGUGUUCAGACUGCUUCAAGCCAACUAAAAACAAACUAUCGGUCUUCACCAGAAUGGCAGUGGUCAAGGCACUGGAGAAAAUCUCUGAUGACAAGUUCUGCAGAAAUUUCCCAUGUCCCCCUACCAAGCCAUCCACUGAGUGUUCUCCUCAGGACAUAACGUGUCUUCACGGCUCCGUCUUUGUGGCGGGGAGGUAUAAUAAAUUCUCACGGGAGCUCCCUCAGACCCCUUGGGUGAUUGAUGGAGAGAGAAGGAUGGAGGGAUCAGUGGAGGAGUUGAUUGCUGCUCCUCUUCUCUCCUCAUUUAGGGCUGAGGGUUUUAAUUUUUCCUCAUCAGGUCGAGAGGAUGUGGAUGUGAGAACACUGGGAAAUGGUCGUCCGUUUGCCAUGGAGCUGCUCAAUCCCCACAGAUCCCAGUUCACCAAAGCAGAGAUCAGACAACUGCAGGAGGCUAUCAAUCAGUCCUCAGACAAAAUCAGAGUGAGAGACCUACAGAUUGUAACCAGAGAAGCGAUGAGUCGUAUGAAGGAGGGCGAGGAGGAGAAGACGAAAUCUUACAGCGCCCUCAUCUGGACACAGAGGUCCAUAGAGAAGAAGGACCUGGAGUUUAUAGAGAAUAUUAAAGAGCUGACGAUCGAUCAGAAGACGCCGCUGCGGGUGCUGCAUCGCCGACCUCUGGCUGUUAGACAGAGAGUCAUACACAGCAUGAGUGCCAGUCUGUUAGACUGCCAUCACUUCACGCUGCGACUGCGCACACAGGCCGGGACCUACAUCAAAGAGUUUGUACACGGAGACUUUGGACGCACUAAACCCAACCUCUGUGACCUCAUGCAAACUGAGACGGACAUUUUGGAGCUGGACGUGGAGUCUGUGGAUGUGGACUGGCCGCCCGCCGUUCCUGAGUGA